AUGUGGCCCUCAAUACCCGCAUACAGGAGCUUCGCAAGCAUAGCAUGUCCAUCGGCAGCAACUUGUGAGCUACCCAACUGCAUCUUCAGUCAUGAUGCGUUGAAGAAAACUACGGCACGGCGCUCCCCAGUACCAGUCACAACAACAUAUGAUCGCGAGCAAAACGCUAAGCGCCUGAAGCUCGAAGACGAUGUCAAGGAGCGUGUGGUUCAGGACGUUCCCGUGCCUGCCAAGACAAAACCGGAUAUCUUUGUUGAUUUGACCAAGGACAAAGCAACCCCAGCAGUCAAAAAUGCGACUACAGUCAAGACAGCACCUUCAAAAACACAUCCCAUGAAUGAUACACCUCCUGCGCUCCCGUCGUCUGCGACGCGGCCAAUAUCACCACCCCCCGCUGCAACCAUGGCCAAAGCUGUUAUCAAUCCCGAUGCUCCAGUCGCUCUAUUGCCACGCAAACUAAACAAAGAGCCGGCAAACUUCACUAAGAGAGUCACUCUCCUCAAAGCGUUACAUGGUUAUAUGAAACCGCAAAACGACAAGCUGCUCAAGGCAGUCAAGCCUGAGAUAAGAGCUCUGCACUUGUCUGCAAACCAACUCAAUAAGCUGGCAGUCGACGAGGAAGAGAAAAUAGCUACAUCAAACCCUUCAGUAUAUGAGAAUAUUCUGAAGCAGCGGCUAAUGAAACUCAAGACCAUGACACCAGAAGUAUGGGUCAAGGAAAGGCGGGAGGCUAUGGCUAAGCAGAGUGGAGAGCCAGCAAAGAAGCCACCGCCCAAGAAAGUUCAUACAGGACUGACACCGAAAGAAGAAGUCACGUUCCUCUCUGUCCUCAAGUGCCCACAGGAGGGUCUGGAUGCGCAUGGUUAUGUUACGAAACUGCCUGCAGACGCUGAUUUGACCGAGACACAUUCAGCACUCGAGUUAGCUGAUUGCUGGGAACAAUGUGACCGCUGCAGCACUCGCUUCCAAGUAUUUCCGGAACGAAGGGAAGAAGACGGUAUGUUUACAACAGGAGGAGAAUGCAAAUAUCAUUGGGGCAAACGCAUCUUUCCUAAGAAGUCAAGAGGUGCUCCCGCAGAACCAACCCGCUUGACUUGCUGUAGCGCCGAAGUGGGUUCACCCGGCUGCACUACCCACGACACUCAUGUCUAUAGCGUCAAAAACUCCAAACGACUUUCCCUCAUCAUGCCGUUCAUCGAGACGCCAGAAAAUGAAAAGGUUCCUGAGAAAUCGGCUGUUUGCUUCGACUGUGAGAUGGGUUAUACCACCAAUGGCCUAGAGAUGCUUCGUCUGACGGCCAUAUCAUGGCCACAGCACAAGCCACUCGUGGAUGUUCUGGUUCGUCCUCUGGGUCAUUUGUUAGACGUCAACACCCGUUUCUCUGGUAUUACCAUGGAUCAAUUCGUCAACGCCAAGCCCUACGACCCGGAAAAUCCCAAGCCUAUCCGCAAAGACCUCCGCAUCGUUGAGUCACCGUAUGUAGCACGCGAUCUCUUCCUUUCCCACGUCUCUCCCCAGACACCGGUCGUAGGUCACGCCCUGGAAAACGACCUCAACACUAUCCGCCUCAUCCAUCCCAACAUCAUCGACACCGUUCUUCUGUUUCCAACACGCCAAGGCCUGCCUUUUCGCCAUGGUCUGCGCAAGCUCGCAAAAGACUACCUUGAAGAAGAUAUUCAGCAGGGCGGGGCCGCCGGACACGACAGUUUUGAGGAUGCUCGAACCACAGGCGAAUUAGUUAGGUUCAAGGUCAAAGAGAAGUGGCAGCUUAUGAAGGCGGAAGGAUGGGAGAUAAGGGAUGAUGGUGUACAUCCGCCUAUACCCGCCGAGGCUCCGCCAAAGCAUGCUCCGUCUGCUCCGUCCAUGGUACCAGAGGCCAAGAUGGCGGUCCUUGAAGGGGCUCCAGCAGUCAAAAGGAAGAUUGAGGAGGAUGGAACUCUUAAUAAGCUUCCGGCUAAGAAGCUGGAGGAAGAGUGA